AUGGGGCAGAUAAGGGUCCAGAGGGCUGGGGAAAGGGGUUGGGGCUUGGGGGUGGGGCCCGAUAGGGCCAAGGGCUGGGUUUUUGGGGACAGUUAGGACCAGGGGGCCCGGGGGAAAGGGUUUGGGGGUUUGGGGAAUGGGGACAGAUAGGAUCCAGAGGGCUGGGUAAGGGUUUGGGGCUGGGUAAUGGGGACAGAUAGGAUCCAGAGGGCUGGGUAAUGGGUUAGGGGCUGGGUAAUGGGGGCAGAUAGGAAACCAAGGGCUGGGUAAGGGGUUUGGGGCUUUGGGGAAUGGGGACGAUAGGAAACCCCGGGGGGGGUAAAGGGGGCAGAUUUUGGAUCCCGAGGGCUGGGUAUGGGGGCAGUUGGAUCCCGAGGGGUGGGGGAAAGGGACAAUGGAUCCAAGGGCUUUGGGAAAAGGGGUUUGGGGCUGGGUAAUGGGGACAGAUAGGAUCCAGAGGGCUGGGUAAGGGUUAGUGGGCUGGGUAAUGGGGACAGAUAGGGAAUUUCCGAAGGGGUUGGGGAAAGGGGACAGAUAGGGUCCCAGGGGGGCUGGGGGAAAGGGGGCGAAGGACCCCGAGGGCUGGGUAAUGGUGGGGGGAAAGGGAUCCAGAGGGGUGGGAAGGGGACAAUGGGGCCAAGGGCUGGGGAAAAGGGGACGAUUUGGGGGCCAGAGGGGGUGGGUAAGGGUUUUUUGGGGUGGGGAAUGGGACAAUAAAGGGUCCAGAGGGGUGGGUAAUGGGGAAAAGUUUGGAUCCAAGGGCCUUUGGGGAAAUUUGGGGGGUUUUGGAUCCAGAGGGCUGGGUAAGGGUUUUUGGGGCCCGGGGAAUGGGGGGCGAUGGAUCCAGAGGGCUGGGUAAAAAGGGGGGCAGUGGGUCCAGAGGGCUGGGUAAAGGGGUUUGGGGUGGAUAAUGGGGAAAAGUUAGGAAACCAGGGGGUGGGGAAAGGGGUUUUUUGGGGUGGUUAAAAGGGGGCAGUUUUUGGGUCCAAGGGCUGGGGAAAGGGGGAAUUUUUGGGUCCAAGGGCCCGGGUAAUGGGACCGAUAGGACCAAAGGGGGGUGGGUAAAAGGGUUUUGGGGCUGGAUAAUGGGAAAAUGGAUCCAAGGGCCCGGGUAAAGGGUUUUGGGGCUGGGUAAUGGGGAAAAAAAGAUAGGACCAGAGGGCUGGGUUUAAAGGGGGGCAUUAGGUCCCCAAAGGGGUGGGUAAGGGUUUUUGGGCUUUGGGGAAUGGGGGGGUGGAUCCAGAGGGCUGGGUAAGGGUUAGGGGCUGGGUAAUGGGGACAGUUAGGAUCCAGAGGGCUGGGUAAUGGUUAGGGGCUGGGUAAUGGGGCCGUUUUGGACCGGGGGGUGGGGAAUGGGUUUGGGGGGUGGGGGAAUGGGGACAUUUUGGGUCCGGGGGGGUGGGGAAAAGGGGACAGUUAGGAUCCAGGGGGCUGGGUAAGGGUUAUGGGGCUGGGUAAUGGGGACAGAUGUAUAUAAUACUGGCCCCUUUAUGGGAUGACUCACUUCCCCCUUGUCCCCUCCCCUCUCUCUCCCCCUCCCGCCUCUCUCAUCUUGUUUUUCUCCCCCCCCCCCUCCUCCAUCCCUCUUUCCCCCCCCCCCUCCUCCUUUCCCCCCCCUCCUCCCCCCCCUCCCCUCCUCCAUCCCUCCCCCCCUCCUCCCCUCCUCCCCCCCCCUCCUCCAUCCCUCUCUCCCCCCCCCCUCCCCCCCCAUCCCCCCCCUCCUCCAUCCCUCCCCCCCCUUCCAUCCCUCCCCUCCCCCCCCCCAUCCCUCCCCCUCCUCCAUCCCCCUCUCCCCCUCCCCCCUCCAUCCCUCUCCCCCCCCCCCCUCCCCCCCUCCCUUCCCCCUUUCCCCCCCCCCUCCCCCUCCCCCCCCCCCCCCCCCCCCCUCCCCCCCUCCCCCUCCCCCCCCUCCCCUUCCUCCUUUUUUCUCUUUCCCCCCCCCCUCCUCCUCCCUCUCUUUUCCCCCCCCCUCCUCCUCCCCCCCCCUCCCCCUCCCCCCCUCCCUCUCUCCCCCCCCCCUUUCCCCCCUCCCCCUCUCCUCCCCCCCCCCCUCCUCCUCCCCCCCCCUCCUCCUCCCCCCUCCCCCCCCCCUUUUCUCCCCCCCCCCCCUCCCCCUCUCCCCCUCCUCCCCCCCCCCCUUCCUUUCCCCCUCUCCCCCUUUCCCCUCCCCCUCCCUCCUCCCCCUCCCCCCCUCCAUCCCUCCCCCCUCCCUCUUCCCCCCCUCCCCCCCCAUUAUUUUUUCUCCUUCCCUCCCUCUCUCCCCUCCCUCCUCCUCCCAUCUCCCUUUUCCUUCCCUCCCCCCCCCCUCCUCCCCCCUCCAUUUCCCUUUUCCCCUUUUACCCCUUCCCAAAACCCCCCCCUCCUCCUUUUUUUCCCCCCCCCCCCCCCCCCCCCCCCCCCCCCCCCCCCCCCCCCCCCCCCCCCCCCCCCCCCCCCCAAAAAUUUUUCCCCCAUUUCCCCCCCCCUCCUCCAUUCCCCCCCCCUUCCCCCCCUCCCCUCCUCCAUCCCUCCCCUCCCCAUCCCUCCCCUCCUCCAUCCCCCCCUCCUCCAUCCCCUCCCCUCCUCCCAUCUCUCCCCCCUCCAUCCCUCCCUCUCCUCCCCCUCCCCUCCUCCAUCACCUCCCCUCCUCCAUCUCUCCCCUCCUCCUCCCUCUCUCCCCCUCCCCUCCUGCCAAUCCCUCUCUCCCCCUCCCCUCCUCCAUCCCUCUCUCCCCCUCCCCUCCUCCAUCCCUCUCUCCCCCAGAAGAUGAAGGAUGAUGUGGAAGGCGAUAAGAGACAGCAGGUUCACCACAUCCAGAAUCUCUACGCCUUCAAUCUGUUCUGUCAGAAGAGGUUUGAUGACUCCAUGCAGGUGUUUGCUAAGCUCGGCACAGGUGAGGUUUUUACCAACAUUAUUAUCUGAGACGGGAGAUUUUUACUUUAGGUUUUUAGCUACAAUGUGUGAAGUGGAAGUGAUAAAGCAGCUGUGAUGUUCUUCUUGAUUUAGCACAGGAUAAAACGCCUUUCGGCCAAUCAUAACCAACAAGGGCUCUGGUCAACAGUAGUGCACUGUAUAGGGUGUCAUUUGGGACGCGUGGCGCCUGGUCAAAAGUAGUGCACUAUUUGGAACGUAACCAUAGUAACGCUGUACCUUCCUCCCCACAGAUCCCACCCAUGUGAUAGGUCUGUAUCCGGACCUGCUCCCCACCGACUACCGUAAACAGCUGCACUACCCCAACCCCCUGCCGACUCUGUCUGGGGCAGAGCUGGAGAAGGCCUACCUCGCGCUCAUAGACUAUCUGACACAGGUGUGUUGUUGUAGCGUUUACCAGCAGCGUUACCGCCCUGCCGUCCCACCGCUGGCUUGCCUCUCUCUGUGUGCUGUCUCAGGUGGGGCCCUGCCGUCCCACCGCUGGCUUGCCUCUCUCUGUGUGCUGUCUCAGGUGGGGCCCUGCCGUCCCACCGCUGGCUUGCCUCUCUCUGUGUGCUGUCUCAGGUGGGUGGUUGUAGCGUUUACCAGCAGCGUUACCCGCCCUGCCGUCCCACCGCUGGCUUGCCUCGCUCUGUGUGCUGUCUCAGGUGGGUGGUUGUAGCGUUUACCAGCAGCGUUACCGCCCUGCCGUCCCACCGCUGGCUUGCCUCUCUCUGUGUGCUGUCUCAGGUGGGUGGUUGUAGCGUUUACCAGCAGCGUUACCGCCCUGCCGUCCCACCGCUGGCUUGCCUCUCUCUGUGUGCUGUCUCAGGUGGGUGGUUGUAGCGCCCUGGCCGUCCCAACCUGCUGGCUUGCCUCUCUCUGGUGUGGCUGUCUCAGGUGGGUGGUUGUAGCGUUUACCAGCAGCUUUAACCCGCCCUGCCGUCCCACCGCUGGCUUGCCUCUCUCUGUGUGCUGUCUCAGGUGGGUGGUUGUAGCGUUUACCAGCAGCGUUACCGCCCUGCCGUCCCACCGCUGGCUUGCCUCUCUCUGUGUGCUGUCUCAGGUGUGGCCCUGCCGUUCCCACCGCUGGCUUGCCUCUCUCUGUGUGCUGUCUCAGGUGGGUGGUUGUAGCGUUUACCAGCAGCGUUACCGCCCUGCCGUCCCACCGCUGGCUUGCCUCUCUCUGUGUGCUGUCUCAGGUGGGUGGUUUGUAGCGUUUACCAGCAGCGUUACCGCCCCUGCCGUCCCACCGUUGGCUUGCCUCGCUCUGUGUGCUGUCUCAGGUGGGUGGUUGUAGCGUUUACCAGCAGCGUUACCGCCCUGCCGUCCCACCGCUGGCUUGCCUCUCUCUGUGUGCUGUCUCAGGUGGGUGGUUGUAGCGUUUACCAGCAGCGUUACCGCCCUGCCGUCCCACCGCUGGCUUGCCUCUCUCUGUGUGCUGUCUCAGGUGGGUGGUUGUAGCGUUUACCAGCAGCGUUACCGCCCUGCCGUCCCACCGCUGGCUUGCCUCUCUCUGUGUGCUGUCUCAGGUGGGGCCCUGCCGUCCCACCGCUGGCUUGCCUCUCUCUGUGUGCUGUCUCAGGUGGGGCCCUGCCGUCCCACCGCUGGCUUGCCUCUCUCUGUGUGCUGUCUCAGGUGGGUGGUUGUAGCGUUUACCAGCAGCGUUACCGCCCUGCCGUCCCACCGCUGGCUUGCCUCUCUCUGUGUGCUGUCUCAGGUGAAUGUGCAUCAUCGCUCCAAAUGAUCCAUAUCCGUUUACUGUUGUAGUGAGGCAGGGGGUGCUAUUCUGCUGGACAGGGUUUUGUCUGCCAUUAUAAUCCUUGGGCGGGCCGCCUAAAGUUCUUUCUUGGGUCGUCUAAGUCCAAACAGUAUUAAAAAAACAAACAAAGAAAACAGAUAUAAAGUAUGUAGAAAAGAUAAUGGACAUAUAUAUUUUUUUUAUUGUCUUUUGAGAACCAACAAUCACCAAAAUAAAAGCUAGACAGUCGGGGAGAAUUUGAAAAUUCCUAAAAUAAUGAAUUUAGAAGUAUUGAACAAGUUAUGAAGUUAGCAGUAUUGAUUUAGUUAUUAUGAAUUUAGCAGUAUUGAUGUUAUGUUUGAGCAGGAGAACAAAGAAUUAUCCAUGGAAAAAAAGCAUAGAAUUUCAGGAAAUUAGCUUUAAAACUGCAAUAUUUUGGAUAUUGGCGGAAAAAAAAAUGUAUCUUCACCGCCAAGAUGGGGACCUUUUUUUAAAAAUGGUCUCCAACAUGUUGCUGUGCCAAUAGCCACGCUCACUACCUAAGCCCCUUUUUCCAUCCAGAAAAAGGCUGAUGACUGUGGUGUGGUGUGAUGUGUGUAUUCCAGAAACGCAGCCACCUGGUGAAGCAGCUGAACGACUCGGAGCCCUCCACCCCCUCUCCCCUCAUGGAAGGAACGCCCACCAUCAAGAGUAGAAAAAAGCUUCUGCAGAUCAUCGACACCACGCUGCUCAAAUGCUACCUGCAUGUACGGCCUCUGUUUCUUUGUGUCCCUUUUUUAUCUUGUGUGUAUAAUCAAAAGGGCCAGUUUCCUGGAGACUGAUUUUAAGACUAGUCCUGGACUGAAAAGCUCUCUUAAUAAAGGUUGUCCAUUGAGUAUGGACUACUCUUCAUCUGUGUCUGUAAAACCAGCUCAUAGAAUUAUGGGAUACAAACUCAGACUCCUCAGUCCUUCUUCAGAAAUAAGGUGAUUUUAAUAUUGCUUCUGUUUAAUCUAGUGGCUCUCUUCUCUCCAGACCGACGUGGCCCUGGUGUCCCCUCUGUUAAUCUAGUGUCUCUCUUCUCUCCAGACCAACGUGGUCCUGGUGUCCCCUCUGUUAAUCUAGUGGCUCUCUUCUCUCCAGACCAACGUGUCCCUGGUGUCCCCUCUGUUAAUCUAGUGUCUCUCUUCUCUCCAGACCAACGUGGUCCUGGUGUCCCCUCUGUUAAUCUAGUGGCUCUCUUCUCUCCAGACCAACGUGGUCCUGGUGUCCCCUCUGUUAAUCUAGACCAACGUGGUCCUGGUGUCCCCUCUGUUAAUCUAGACCAACGUGGUCCUGGUGUCCCCUCUGUUAAUCUAGUGGCUCUCUUCUCUCCAGACCAACGUGUCCCCUCUGUUAAUCUAGUGGCUCUCUUCUCUCCAGACCAACGUGGCCCUGGUGUCCCCUCUGUUAAUCUAGUGGCUCUCUUCUCUCCAGACCAACGUGGUCCUGGUGUCCCCUCUGUUAAUCUAGACCAACGUGGCCCUGGUGUCCCCUCUGUUAAUCUAGUGGCUCUCUUCUCUCCAGACCAACGUGGCCCUGGUGUCCCCUCUGUUAAUCUAGUGGCUCUCCUCUCUCCAGGCCAACGUGUCCCCUCUGUUAAUCUAGUGGCUCUCUUCUCUCCAGACCAACGUGUCCCCUCUGUUAAUCUAGUGGCUCUCUUCUCUCCAGACCAACGUGUCCCCUCUGUUAAUCUAGUGGCUCUCUUCUCUCCAGACCAACGUGUCCCCUCUGUUAAUCUAGUGGCUCUCCUCUCUCCAGACCAACGUGUCCCCUCUGUUAAUCUAGUGGCUCUCUUCUCUCCAGACCAACGUGUCCCCUCUGUUAAUCUAGUGGCUCUCCUCUCUCCAGACCAACAUGGUCCUGGUGUCCCCUCUGUUAAUCUAGUGGCUCUCUUCUCUCCAGACCAACGUGUCCCCUCUGUUAAUCUAGUGGCUCUCUUCUCUCCAGACCAACGUGUCCCCUCUGUUAAUCUAGUGGCUCUCUUCUCUCCAGACCAACGUGUCCCCUCUGUUAAUCUAGUGGCUCUCCUCUCUCCAGACCAACGUGUCCCCUCUGUUAAUCUAGUGGCUCUCCUCUCUCCAGACCAACGUGUCCCCUCUGUUAAUCUAGUGGCUCUCUUCUCUCCAGACCAACGUGUCCCCUCUGUUAAUCUAGUGGCUCUCCUCUCUCCAGACCAACGUGUCCCCUCUGUUAAUCUAGUGGCUCUCCUCUCUCCAGACCAACGUGUCCCCUCUGUUAAUCUAGUGGCUCUCCUCUCUCCAGACCAACGUGUCCCCUCUGUUAAUCUAGUGGCUCUCUUCUCUCCAGACCAACGUGGCCCUGGUGUCCCCUCUGUUAAUCUAGUGGCUCUCCUCUCUCCAGACCAACGUGUCCCCUCUGUUAAUCUAGUGGCUCUCCUCUCUCCAGACCAACGUGUCCCCUCUGUUAAUCUAGUGGCUCUCUUCUCUCCAGACCAACGUGUCCCCUCUGUUAAUCUAGUGGCUCUCUUCUCUCCAGACCAACGUGUCCCCUCUGUUAAUCUAGUGGCUCUCUUCUCUCCAGACCAACGUGUCCACUCUGUUAAUCUAGUGGCUCUCUUCUCUCCAGACCAACGUGGCCCUGGUUUCCCCUCUGUUGCGGCUGGACAAUAACCACUGUCACAUUGAGGAGAGUGAGUACAUCCUGAAGAAGGCCCACAAGUACAGCGAGCUCAUCAUCCUCUAUGAGAAGAAGGGCCUGCACCAGAAAGGUAAUCAGCCUCGUCACUAUGGCGUAUAGUCUUAAGAUUGGAACGGUGCUAAAGUUGUCUUAUCAACUGUAGAAAUGUAGCACAACAGAACCAGUUACAACUGAAGUAUACGAUCGUCAAUGAAUUCUAGAAAAAUACAUUUGUUGUUUUACACAGCAGCCACGUCAUCAGGGAGGCCCUAUAUGCACUUGUUUAACUAUCAUUUUCUAUUUUAUUCCAUGAUAUUGUUGUUACAAAAUAGAUUUGUGUCGACUGCGAUUAGGGCAUGGGAAUAUAAGAGCAUCUGAUAGGCUGAAUGUAACGAACUAGGAAUGCAUAGCUCACCGCAUGAUCCUCAAACCAAAGACUGGCCAAGCUCGUAUAUCUAAAAGUGAAUUCAGAAGGCACUGUAGAAGGCAUUUUUCGUUUAAUUAUUAUUUAAUUCUAAGUAAUAUAUUUUUUAAACAUUUUCAUUUUAUACAGCCUAAAAGCUACAUGUAUAGGCUUGUUGAAGAGCUGUUGUUGAAAUGCUGAUCACUCCUGCCAGCCUGUUGCGUGUAACAAAUACUUCACAAUUAGUUUCUUACAUGGCAGGCUAUAGCUAAUAAUAAUAAUAAUGUAGCCUAAAUAAUAAUUAGGCUUUGACUGUGAUCCUGGCUCAGUUGACAUGCCGGUAAGUGAAAUCGAACAGCUGAUUGAGCGGUCACGUGACUGAAUGCUGCAGACAACGCAUUCACAGUUUUGAUUCCUGACUCAAAUGGGAAUACCCUGCCGUCUCCCUCUGAGCAUUAAUGCCGCAUUCAAAACAAUUGGGAACUCGGAAAGAAAUGAGCUCUGACAGGGAAAUUGUUUUCAACGGUCAUCCAACUCGGAAUUCCAACUCGGGAACUCGGGCCUCUAUCUAGAGCUCCAACUUUCUGAUCUAAAGAUCACUGACGUCUUGAUUUGACCUCGUAUAUUUCAGAGUUCCCAGUUGUCUUGAAAGCACCAUACAACUAAUGGGAGGCUACCCUUCUCCAGCUCAUUUCUAUGUGAAGCUGGAUUCUGUGCUCUCGUCUGCAUUAAAACCAAAUAUUGAUCCAGGUUGGAUGUGACAGCAGAGGUGAGGUGCGCACUGUCGACCACGCACCCUGAUUUUGAGAAGCUCCGACGCGACAUGCAUCAAACACGCCCAUCUCAUUAGUGAGAUGAGACAUUGUCAGACAAAUUUGCAAUUGACUGUCAUAGCCCCACAUUAAAAGUAUGUGAUGGUGAGUUGAGAAGACAACCAGAAAUACUGUUACAAUGUUUUACAAUUGACUGCCAUAGCCCCAAAUAAUAAAAAAGUAAACAUUGGCUGUUAAUUACAUAAUUUUUUCACAUGGUUGGGGUCGUGAGAUUUUUCAGAUAUCAAAAUGGGGUCGUGGUCCAAAAAAGUUUGGGAACCCCUUAGCUAAUGAAACUUUUUUUUAACUUUAAAGCUCUAGUUAAAUAUUGCAACAUUACAAUUACAACCAAAUCCUUUUUAUGUAUUUUUAUAAAAUCAUUUCCUAAUUUUAAUGAAUUCAAAGCAAGGUAACGAAGUCUUUAUCUAUACCCUGAAAUAUUCAGGUUUCAGAGCUAUUGAGACAUCGGAAGCUAUUUGUGAAUUAGGCUAUUCUAAUAAUAUUUCAUUCUUAAGAGUCUCUAAGCCGUGUUCGUGAGAGUCUCGUCUUUCCAUAGAGGGGUAGUAGUUAGUAGGCCAAACCGUUCGGACGCUGCAGACGUUUUCAUGAGAAGACCGAUGUUCGGGACGUCUCCUGGUCUGACAAACACUGCUCUAGCUCUGCGACCUUUCACUGCAAAAAACAAAACAAACAUCUCUAGUUUAAACUGACGGAUUUUGAUGGGGACUUUUUUGUAUUAUGUUAAUUUGAUUUCCGUGGGGGCGCGGACAUCGACUCUAGGGGUUAAGGAUCUCUCUGUAGCCCUCGAGGUCCAUCCAUCUGUAGUAACGUGCAACACAGGGUGCAUUGGCCAAUUCAUUGACAACUUCGGCUUUAGCUUGCUUAUAUAUAGUGCAGGUACUACCUGUUUGCUGAAAUGGGUGCGAGAGGGCAAAGUUCGUAACGUGACUCGAGCACUUUCAUGAGGCGCUGAAACGCCCUAUUCUUCUAAACCACUGAGAAUGGGCGCAUAUCCGCGGCUAUAAACACACCUAUCGCUCCCCAUACCCGCGGCUAUAAACACACCUAUCGCUCCCCAUACCCGCGGCUAUAAACACACCUAUCGCUCUAAACCACUGAGAAUGGGCGCAUAUCCACGGCUAUAAACACACCUAUCGCUCCCCAUAUCCGCGGCUAUAAACACACCUAUCGCUCCCCAUAUCCGCGGCUAUAAACACACCUAUCGCUCCCCAUAUCCGCGGCUAUAAACACACCUAUCGCUCCCCAUAUCCGCGGCUAUAAACACACCUAUCGCUCCCCAUAUCCGCGGCUAUAAACACACCUAUCGCUCCCCAUAUCCGCGGCUAUAAACACACCUAUCGCUCCCCAUAUCCGCGGCUAUAAACACACCUAUCGCUCCCCAUAUCCGCGGCUAUAAACACACCUAUCGCUCUUGUAAUUUCUUUGGGCCGGUCAUAAUCAGCUGCUUGAAUGCAGAGAGUAGACACAUUUUUUUAAUUCUAUUUUUUAAAUGUAUUUUGUUGCAUUUCCGUCUUGCUCCGGUGGUAGGAAUACUGAGGAAACAAACUGUCCGCCAGCAUGGAAAAUAACCCUCCACAGCGAAUAGGACCAGAGGUGGAGAUGUAUUCACACCGGGGCAACGUAGCCUUAUUCCCAAAGACACGGCUCCCGAACUCCACCAGAAUCCCCGCGACCAUACCCCCCGUGUCCUAUUGGCAGGCAGUAGAUCAAACAAUGGGCUUGGCUGUACCAUCAACACAGUAGAUCAAUCAAUGUACUUAAACCCUUACUAGAUUAAUAUGGUAGCCGCCCGCGGGGUACCCAUAACCAGAUGUUACCUUAGCCAAGCCCAGGGGGGCGGGACACUAAGAACUGCUGCAAGCCCACCUCGAUAACACAGGUAGAACAACUGGUAAAUGACUGGAAAGAAAAGCUCACGGGGGGGGGGGGGGGGGGGACACAAGAACUUUAACAACUAAAAAAGGAGAUCCAGAAAGAGAAAACUCUCAGCCUAGGGCCAAAGUGGAGGCAAGUGUUCCCCUACCCCAUCCCACUAGAGAAAGGAAAAUGGCAGAUCUUGGAGACGCCCAUCACACAACAGUAAUCCUCCACUAACCUGAAAUUGUAUCGAAAAGCCAAGGAUGUCACCUGCCAGGGAAGAAUUUCAAGGACAUGACUGGGACCAGAAUUAUCUCACGAAACAGCCAUGAAAAGCCUCUGCACACGAGUCUGGUGGAACUGCAGCAGAGCCUGCUGUCAACCUCAUACUUUACCUGAAAUGCCUCGAGGAAAAAGGAUUUGGCAUUGCCUGGGGACAGGUGCUCUGAGACCUCCACCAAGACACUGCCGCAACUCCGGGGACAGACCCUUUUUUUUAUAGAACAAAUCAGGUCAGAAUAAUUCACCAUGGGAAUGCGUCUGGUUGCUUCAGCUUUCAUCGACAGCUUGACGAACAAUGCCAGGGGUUGUAGAGAACCAGCUAUGGGGAUGGAUAUAUGGUGUGCUGGAGUACGUAGCUGGUCUGGCAGCUUGUGCCUCUGCCCUCCUGGCCUGGUCCUUCCGGGCUAAAGCGCAAGAAAAAUGCAGCUCUGAGGAGAACUGUAUAUCCUGGACCUCGAGGCCAUGGAAGAAGAUGGAGUGGUAGUAACACUGGUGUGAUGAAAUGGGGAGAAGAGUGGUUAAAGUGGGGGUGGGGGGGUUACUGAUACACAUCUGCUGGGAGCUAAUUGGUAAACGAUAGGGGAUUUAUGUCACUGACCUGAUUUUUAUUAUGGAGAUGGAGUAUUCAACCUGGCAGGCUGGGGGAAGGUUGCCACGCCGUGGGAGCACGCUGGGUCCAGUCAACUGUAAGCUUUAUGCCCAGUGACCCCACAUGGCCAGGCAUACUAAUUGCCCAUUUGACGUAGGAAAGGUCCUAGUAGGAGCUGAAGGAAGGGACUGUUAGAAGUGGAUUUUCUUUUAUAUAUUUAUAACUAUGUUUUAUAUAUUUUACAUUUGUCUUAGAUAAUAUCCUAGUUACUAAUAAGCUAGUACAGAGGACGGUAUCUUUCUCAUACUACAGGCUCUCCUAGGCUGAACAUGCAAUGAUAGUAUUAAUAAUGACUUAAUGAGUAACUAUUGACUGUGACCUAUGAUGACCAUCCUGGUUUAAACUAUAACCAGGCUGAUGAGGCCAUAGGAACACAUCCUGGUUUAAACUUUAAUGACAGCAUAAUACUGAAAACAUUAACACUUGGUAACAAAAGCAACUUGUCUGAAAGAAAUAUAAACGUGAUGACUGAUACACAAUUCGCUUACACUGGUGGUUCUCAGAGAAUGUAUCUCUCAACAUAUAUUUACCAGAGCGUACAGACUUGUUGCAAGAUUGAUUUGUUUAUAUCAUACAUUUUGCUUUACAUUUUAGUCAUUUAGCAGAAGCUCUUAUCCAGAGCCACUUACAGGAGCAAUUAGGGUUAAGUGCCUUGCUCAAGGGCACAUCGACAGAGUGCUUGUCAGCUCAGAGAUUCGAACCAGCAACCUUUCAGUUACUGGCCCAAUGCUCUAACCGCUUGGCUACCUGCUGCCCUGAGAUGAUUCAUCUUCUCCUGUCUAUCUACAAAUGUCAUUUAUGUUUUGCGUGAGGCCUACACAGCAUUCUAUAUUAACCAAUCAAGUAGCGGGCUUGAGGACCUCGUCCUAAAGCUACGGGUUUAUAACACUCUGGUCAUUAUCUUCCCUGUGUGUAUCGUGGUAAUUAAAUAUGUCUUAGAACUGAAGUAUCCUGCUCUCGUUAAUUAGAGAAAUCCUAAGUAGUGAAGUCUCAAGGCCUUCUUAAUCAAAGAAGUUGUGGAAGCCGAUUUGAUGAUUCAUUGAAGGAGUAGUGAAGCCUCGGACCCUUGUUGCUCAGAGACGUCGUUAAUCAAAUAAAUUGUGGAAUCCAAUUGAUGAGCAAUUUUCAUCCCCGCAAACAUUUCAAUUUUGAGAUUUUUGUAAGUUUCCUCUCCUUCAUCUCUCCAUACCUUUCCUUCACCUCUCAUCUCUCCAUACCUCUCCUUCAUCUCUCCUUCACCCCUCCACACCCCGCCGGCACCCGCCCAGCCGCCUCCGCCGGACCGCGCCGGCACCCCACACAACCGCCGGCACGCGCGACGGCAGCGGCCAGGACCGCCCGGGCAGCCGCAGAAGCGCGCCGGCACCUCGCCGGCAUCCGCCAUACGCGCCCGACCGGCCGGCACCCAGCACACACCUCGCCGGCAACGGCUCCCCUUCACACCCGACAUCCUCCGAGCACCGCCGGCACCCAGCCACAACCCUCCUCACGCUCUCCUUCACCCAUCCACACCUCUCCUCCACCUCUCCACACCACCUCUCCACACCUCUCCUCACCUCCCACACCUCCUUCAACUCUCCUUCCACUUCUCCCUCACCUCUCCACACUCUCCCUCCCCCUCCACACUUCUCCCUCACCUCUACUCACCUCCCACCUCCCACCCACACUCCUUCCUCGUCCACACCUCUCCUUCACCUAUCCACACCCUCCUUCACCUCUCCACACCUCUCCUUCCUCUCCACACCUCUCCACACCUCUCCUUCACCUCUCCACACCUCUCCUUCACCUCUCCACACCUCUCCUUCAACUCUCCUUCACUUCUCCCUCACCUCUCCACACUUCUCCCUCACCUCUCCACACUUCUCCCUCACCUCUCCUUCACCUCUCCAUCUCUCCACACUUCUCCUUCCUCUCCACACCUCUCCUUCACCUCUCCACACCUCUCCACACCUCUCCUUCCUCUCCACACCUCUCCUUCACUUCUACUUCACCUCUCCACACCUCUCCUUCACCUUCUCCUUCACCUCUCCUUCACCUUCUACUUCAUCUCUCCACACCUCUCCUUGACCUCUUCCUGACCCUGUGUGCUCCCCUCUUCCUCCCCUAGCCCUGCAGGUGUUGUUGGACCAGUCCACCAAGGCUAACUCUCCCCUCUUCCUCCCCUCUUCCUCCCCUCUUCCUCCCCUAGUCCUGCAGGUGUUGUUGGAUCAGUCCACCAAGGCUAACUCUCCCCUCUUCCUCCCCUCUUCCUCCCCUCUUCCUCCCCUAGUCCUGCAGGUGUUGUUGGAUCAGUCCACCAAGGCUAACUCUCCCCUCUUCCUCCUCUAGCCCUGCAGGUGUUGUUGGACCAGUCCACCAAGGCUAACUCUCCCCUCUUCCUCCCCUCUUCCUCCCCUCUUCCUCCCCUAGUCCUGCAGGUGUUGUUGGAUCAGUCCACCAAGGCUAACUCUCCCCUCUUCCUCCCCUCUUCCUCCCCUAGCCCUGCAGGUGUUGUUGGACCAGUCCACCAAAGCUAACUCUCCCCUAAAGGGGCAUGAGAGGACGGUGCAGUACCUCCAGAGACUGGGUGAGUUAACCUCCCAACACCAACUUAACAUUUUAUUAAACAUCCAAAUAAACACUGGGAUUGAGACAUACGAUAGGCUUUCCAUUUCCAGACAGCAACAUUUAAAUGUGAAUGACGGCACGAACAGAGAACACCACAGUUGUUAUAGCACCAUAUCACCAUAACUAUCACACAUACUGUCCUGUGACCUUUCUACCCAUUCUCACAUUCCCAACCCUGUCCUCUCUGAGCGUAGGAUUAAUCAUCUCUAUUAUAUCUUGUCAGGGAUGGAGAAUCUCGGCAUUAUCUUUGAGUUCUCUCCCUGGGUGCUGAAGAUCUGUCCUGAGGACGGACUGAAGGUGAGACCGGAGUGUCAGGAGUUUAUCUGUCUUAAACUGUCUUUACCCACCCUAGUUGACUGUAAUGUUUGUUGGAACAUUGCUGCAUGGACUUGCUUCCAUUCAGCCACGAGCAUUAGUGAGGUCGGGCACUGAUGUUGGGCGAUUAGGACCGGCUCACAGUCGGCGUUCCAAUUCAUCCCAAAGGUGUUCGAUGGGGUUGAGGCCAGGGCUCUUUGCAGGUCAGUCAGGUUCUUCCACACCGAUAUCGACAAACCAUUUCUGUAUGGAAUUCGCUUUGUGCACGGGGGCAUUGUCAUGCUGAAACAGGAAAGGGCCUUCCCCCAAACUGUUGCCACAAAGUUGGAAGCACAGAAUCGUCUAGAAUGUCAUUGUAUGCUGUAGCGUUAAGAUUUCCCUUCACUGGAACUAAGGGGCCUAGCCCGAACCAUGAAAAACAGCCCCAGACCAUUAUUCCUCCUCCACCAAACUUUACAGUUGGCACUAUGUAUUGGGGCAGGUAGCGUUCUCCUGGCAUCCGCCAAACCCAGAUUCGUCCAUUGGACUGCCAGAUGGUGAAGCGUGAUUCAUCACCCCCAGAGAACUUGUUUCCACUGCUCGAGAGUCCAAUGGCGGCGAGCUUUACACCACUCCAGCCGACACUUGGCAUUGCGCAUGGUAAUCUUAGGCUUGUGUGCGGCUGCUUGGCCACGGAAACCCAUUUCAUGAAGCUCCCGACGAACAGUUCUUAUGCUGAUGUUGCUUUGGAACUCGGUAGUGAGUGUUGCAACCGAGGACAGACGAUUUGUACGCGCUACGCGCUUCAGCACUUGGCGGUCCCGUUCUGUGAGCUUGUGUGGCCUACCACUUCACGGCUGAGCCGUUGUUGCUCCUAGAUGUUUCCACUUCACAAUAACAGCACUUACAGUUGACCAGGGCAGCUCUAGCAGGGCAAAAAUUAGACGAAUUGACUUGUUGGAAAGGUGGCAUCCUAUGACGGUGCCACGUUGAAAGUCACUGAGCUCUUCAGUAAGGCCAUUCUACUGCCAAUGUUUGUCUAUGGAGAUUGCAUGGCUGUGUGCUCGAUUUUAUACACCUGUCUGCAACGGGUGUAGCUGAAAUGGCCGAAUCCACUAAUUUGAAGGGGUGUCCACAUACUUUUGGACAUCUACUGUACAUACUAAAAUACAUUCAUUCUUCACGAUGUGGGAAGUUUUAAAUUCAGUAUCAAUAUACGUAUACAUAUUGUUUGUGUCUAUCGCAGAUUUUUACUGAAGACCUGACGGAGGUAGAGACCCUGCCCAGAGACAAGAUUCUGAACUUCCUGAAGGAGGGUUUUAAGGAGCUGGCUGUGCCCUACCUGGAGCACAUCAUACAUGUCUGGGAGGAGACAGGACCAGAGUUCCAUAACGUCCUCAUACAGCUGUACCUAGAGAGGGUCCAGGGGCUCAUGAAGCAGUACCUCAACUCCCUGCCCGAGGGUAAGAUCUACUACUACUAACACUACUACACUACACUACUACUACGACUCUACGACGACUACGACAUCACGACGACGACGACAAACUACGACGACGAAGACUACGACACGACACUACACACGACUACCGACGAAACGACUACGACUACGACUACUACUACAACUACGAACGACGAUACGACUACACUAACUACCACCACUACUGACGACGACCACUACCACAGACGACGACACACCACCACGACUACUACGACGACCCACCACGACGACGACGACGCCCACACAUACGACGACUACCUACGACUACGACACUACACCCAGAGACUACCACCACGAUACACCGACGCUACACACCACGCACUACGACUACUACUACGACCACCACUACUACUACACCACACGACACACUACAUACGACACGACGACUACACGACGACUACGACUACACGACGACGCCACACCCAAACUACGACCACCACUACGACGACGACCCACAAUACACACUACUACUAAACGAACACUACGACCACACUACUACUACUACACACACUACUAACUACUACGACAUACUACUACCACUACGAUACUACUACACCACUCACACCACUACUGACUACUACUACACACCAUAACUACAUACUAACUACUACUACUACUACUACUAACAUACUACCCACUUCACACAACUACCUACUACACAUACCUACUACUGUAUACUACUACUGCUACCACUACACCACCACAUACUACUACUACCACACUACUACUACUACCACAUCUACCACAUACUACCACACUACUACUACACUACCACUACCACUACUACUACUACUACUACUACUACUUACUACUACACUACUACUACUACAACUGCUACAACAACAUGGUACAUACAUUACCAGACAACAGCACAAAGGGCAAGAAGGUAGAGACAACAAUACAUCAGGCGGAAGCAGCCACAACUGGCAGUAAGAGUGUCCAUGAUUGAGUCUUUGAAUGAAGAGAUGGAGAUAAAACUGUCCAGUUUGAAUAUUUUUUUGCAGCUCGUUCCAGUCGCUAGCUGCAGCGAACUGAAAAGAGGAGCGACCCAGGGAUGUGUGUGCUUUGGGGACCUUUAACAGAAUGUGACUGGCAGAACGGGUGUUGUAUGUGGAGGAUGAGGGCUGCAGAUGGUAUCUCAGAUAGGGGGGAGUGAGGCCUAAGAGGGUUUUAUAAAUAAGCAUCAACCAGUGGGUCUUGCGGCCGGUAUACAGAGAUGACCAGUUUACAGAGGGGUAAAGAGUGCAGUGAUGUGUCCUAUAAAGAGCAUUGGUGGCAAAUCUGAUGGCCGAAUGGUAAAGAACAUCUAGCCACUCGAGAGCACCCUUACCUGCCGAUCUAUAAAUUACGUCUCCGUAAUCUAACAUGGGUAGGAUGGUCAUCUGAAUCAGGGUUAGUUUGGCAGCUGGGGUGAAAGAGGAGUGAUUACGAUAGAGGAAACCAAGUCUAGAUUUAACCUUAGCCUGCAGCUUGGAUAUGUGCUGAGAGAAGGACAGUGUACCGUCUAGCCAUACUCCCAAGUAAGUAAACUAUUCCUUUUUAAAAAUAUGUAGUCAAAUCAUAGAUUAAAAGCAGGUGAGAUGGUUCUAGUUUUUUUUGGCAAUUUUCUGGUGUUUUGUGGUGGAAAACUGAGCGGGUCGAGCAUAACCUGGUUAAAUAAAGGUGAAAAAAAUAAAAGUACAAAAAUAACACGUCAACCCUGUUACCCAUAGAUAGACAGGCUAGAAAUGUUUUAACAAUUUUUGUGAAUCUUGCAUUCAAUUGUGCCUCCGCUGUUGCACACAAGCUUCCGUUUCCCCCUGUCACAAAGGGAAUGGCUGAUUAAAAAAAAAAGAAGAAAUCAUUAACCCUGUUGCGGUCAACCCUGUUACGGUCAACCCUGUUAGGGUCAACCCUGUUACGGUCAACCCUUUUGCGGUCAACCCUGUUACGGUGAACCUUGUCACUUUAUUUGGCACUUACUAUAGUUUUCAUUUGUUUACCUCUGGAGAUGGGAAAACAGGAAAAAGUCUCUGCACACUUUGUCAGAUGCAAAUGUAUUUUAAUUAUAGCUGGGUUUUGGGUCAGUCGACCUUCAGCAGAGCAUAUCUCCACAAACAACGGUGGGACAGGGAAGGCCACACAGAGAGACAGGGAAGGCCACACAGAGAGACAGGGAAGGCCACACAGAGAGACAGGGAAGGCCACACAGAGAGACAGGGAAGGCCACACAGAGAGACAGGGAAGGCCACACAGAGAGCCAGAGGUCACUGCAGACACCAGGCUGGGACAGGGAAGGCCACACAGAGAGACAGGGAAGGCCACACAGAGAGCCAGAGGUCACUGCAGACACCAGGCGGUAAUCUAAUGUACCCAAAAGGGCCACUAGAUGUCAUAAUAUCAGAUAGAAAUACAGGAUAGAACAGAACGUGUUAUAGAUGUAUUUCUACCAGAACAAAACCCAUGUACACAGGAUAUGGGGUGUCGGUAUAAGGAACCCGUACUAUCAAAGACAGAGCAAUAAAGCUGAAACACUGCAAAAGAAAGAAAAUUAAAACAUCUAAAACCCUAAAUAGACUAGAUAUGUAGAACCAGGAAGUGUAGAAAACUUCCAGGUAAAGGUAACCUGUCGGGGAAAACGUGUUUUGUAUGUAGUUGAACAUUCUUUGACAGAAUGUAAAAAUUGGGUAACAUCAAUGUUUUUUUUUUGUUGACUAAGUUAGACUUCUCAAAAGGCUCCAGAUUGGUGGAACGGCCCUCAAAUCAAAUCAAAUCAAUUGUAUUGGCCACAUGCGCCGAAUACAACAGGUGCAGACAUUACAGUGAAAUGCUUACCCAACCACUACUAUCACUACUACCUGGGGACGACUAUACGCUCUACUGGAGGUCUGUGGAUGAGCCAGCCGUUAUCAAGCAGCUUGUUUUAUUGGACAGAGAAAGCUGACAAAAUACUUCUGUUGCUCAGGAAUAUGUAGUAUCCAUUGAUCUAUAGUAGCCCAAGCUCACUGCCCUGAGGUACUCCACAUCUGGGAUCUGUCUGUUCUGUCUUCCUGUCCUGUAGGGGUUCCCGCAGUGGCUGCUGGGAAGGAGGAGGGGGACUUGGGAGAGUUCAGGAACAAGCUGCUGUGUUUCCUAGAGGUUUCUACCAGCUACGAGCCCGGACGACUUAUCAGUGACUUCCCCUUUGAUGGUAAGAAUGGGACGGUUAUUAGUGAUGUGAGGAAAUAAUCGAUAGAUAUCAAGAUAUUAUUUUGGACGAUAUAUCGAUACGUUGACUCAUAGUAUCGAUUUGUACUUGCUGGGUAGCGUUAGCUAGCGCUUGUAGGCUGUACCUGCAGCAUCCUAUAGCUUGCUUUCCGUCUUCUUUUGAAAAAGUGAGCCAACAAUUUUUCAGCACUCUUAUUUCCAUGACUGAUCAAAACAACAUUUCUCACGGCUCUCUCGUCUCUCUGCAGCAGACAAACACUGAGUGUACAAAACAUUAUGAACACCUUCCUAAUAUUGAGUUGCGCCCCCUUUUGCCCUCAGAACAGCCUCAAUUCUUCAUGGCAUGGACUCUACAAGGUGUCCAAAGCGUUCCACAGGGAUGCUGGCCCCAUGUUGACUCCAAUGUUUCCCACGGUUGUGUCAAGUUGGCUGGAUGUCCUUUGGGUGGUGGACCAUUCUUGAUGCACACUGGAAACUGUUGAGCAUGAAAAACCCAGCAGCGUUGCAGUUCUUCAAACCGGUGCGCCUGGCACCUACUACCAUACCCCGUUCAAAGGCACUUCAAUAUUUUGCCUUGCCCAUUCACCCUCUGAAUGGCACACAUACACAAUCCAUGUCUCAAUUGUCUCAAGGCUUAAAAAUCCUUCUUUAACCUGUCUCCUCCCCUUCAUCUACACUGAUUGACGUGGAUUUAACAAGUGACAUCAAUAAUGGAUCACAGCUUUCACCUGGAUUCACCUGGUCAGUCUGUCAUGGAAAGAGCAGUUCCUAAUGUUUUGUCCACUCACUGUUUAGUGAACAAUAUGUUUGAAACAUCAAAUCACAAUAAAAUCAUAGUAUCGAAUUGCAAUACAUAUAGAAUCGAGAGAAUGGCGAUACGUAUCAGCAUCUAAGUAUGGUGAUAAAAUGGCCUCGCGGUUAUAUGGUGGAGACUGGUGACAAAGCAACAGUCCUUGUCCUCUCCUCCCUGACUGGUCUCAGUUAUCAUGUGGUCCUUUGGACUUCUCUAGUUGAAAGUAAUGAUUGUGAGUCGCUCUGGAUAUGAGCCAAAUAACACAAAUGUAUGUCAUCUGUGUCAGGUCUAGUCUGGUCCCAGAUCUGUUUGUGCUGUCUUGCCAACGGCUGUAUGCUAGCAUCCCUGACCGUGUGCUCACCGUGCCACUAGGUUGAAGACGGCAAAGGUUAAGAUGAGGGUUUUAAUAUCCCAUAAUCCUUUGCUUAAGUGAGGAAGAAUUGUAAACAAUGGUAGCAGCUAUGCUUCCGCACGGAAUCAUAACUUCCGCUAACCUGGGUAUCUUCAACCUAGCCGUGUCGUUUGUCUGUGUCAGGUCUUCUGGAGGAGCGGGCCCUUCUGCUGGGUCGGAUGGGGAAACAUGAACAGGCCCUCUUCAUCUACGUCCACGUCCUGAAGGACACGCACAUGGCAGAGGAGUAAGUAGUACCGUCUAGACACAGACAGACUCGCACACGGUUGGUUUAGCUGACGGAUGGUUCACUUUAUUCCCCUCUGAUGUCCACUGGGACUCUUGUAGAAAGGAAGUAUUUUUCAUCAGACACCCAACUUGGUGGGGGGGGUGCUGGGGGAAAGGGGAGGGGAUUUAACGCUUUGCUCUUGCAUCAUGUGACACCAAAUAAUCCUGGGACCAGUGAACGUUAUUGCAAGUUCAGCAGAUUAUCUUUUAAUAUCUGCCUUAAAGGAACGUUCUGCCAAUUUGACCUCAUAAUAGUUGUCGAGAUCACGUUACGAACAUGUAGGACUGUGAAAACAGCUUCCAAAUGCGUUCUGUAGAUCAAAAGCUAUGUAUGGUUAUUUUCCUGAUUUUACCCUCAAUGACAUAUUUGGGGGUAAUCAUGUGUUUUUUUUUUAAAACUACAACAAGCUUUAGGGAGGAGUGAUACUGAUUUCCUGAUCUCCACUUGUCCCACGCCCCGAGUUUAAUAGCCAUGAGACUGUAGUUCUGUGUCUGUCAGAGAGCUUCUCUCGUUACAGCUGUCAGAGAAACCUGUAGAACGGCUGCUGCAAGUGAUGACCCCCCCCCCCGCAUAGUUGGACGAUUACAACUUUUGAGCCAGAAUACAGCAAGGAGGAAAUAAGACAACGAGGAACCAAGCAGAAGAUGAAUCCGCUGGUGAAGACGGAAGGUAGCCUAGCGGUUAGAGUGUUUGGCCAGUAACUGAAAGGUCGCUGGUUUGAAUCCCUGAGCGAGCCGACAAGGUGAAAAAUCUGUCUGUGCCCUUGAGCAAGGCACUUAACCCCAAUUGCUCCUGUAAGUCGCUCUGGAUAAGAGCUUCUGCUAAAUUACCCAACAAAUACCAAUCAACUCUCCCUACCUGUGAGGAAAUAGGACCCGACAAAUACCAAUCAACUGAAAACCUGCUCCAGAGCGCUCAGGACCUCAGACUUGGGCGAAGGUUUCACCUUCCAACAGGACAACGACCCUAAGUACACAGCCAAGACAACGCAGGAGUGGCUUCGGGACAAGUCUCUGAAUGUCCUUGAGUGGCCCAGCCAGAGCCCGGACUUGAACCCGAUCUAACAUCUCUGGAGAGACCUGAAAAUGAGCUGUGCAGCGACGCUCCCCCAUCCAACCUCACAGAGCUUGAGAGGAUCUGCAGAGAAGAAUGGGAGAAACUCCCCAAAUACAGGUGUGCCAAGCUUGUAGCGUCAUACCCAAGAAGACUCGAGGCUGUAAUCACUACCAAAGGUGCUUCAACAAAGUACUGAGUAAAGGGUCUGAAUACUUAUGUAAAUGCGAUAUAAAACCUGUUUUUGCUUUGUCAUUAUGGGGUAUUGUGUGUAGAUUGAUGAGGGGGAAAAAACAAUUUAAUCCAUUUUAGAAUAAGGCUGUAACGUAACAAAAUGUGCUGUAUUUACAUCGGACUCCUUCACAGCACUCGGGGUCUUUUUAGUCCUGAUGAGCUUUGGUAACUUCAACCCUCUGACUCUGGAACUCUGAAGACAGUUCACUAGAACUGAUGGAGACGAUGCCAGAGCUCUGAGAGUUGGAGGGAGUCAUCUGGCAGAGAGAGGGAGGGAGAGAGAUUUAUUUAUCAAUUUCUAAUCGUUUCAUUCUAAAUACAGGUUUAAAAACAGUUCUUAGGAUUGUCAACUGAUGAGUCGGCGUAAUGCCCAGCCAGGCACCUUACCUCACCUUCCGUGGCUAAAGCUAAAUACACAGAGACUAUUUCUCAGUUCAUCUCUCCUCGCAUCCUUCUAAAAACGCAUUGGAGAAGGUCAACGGGACCUUUAGACGUUCUCUUCCAGUUCGAUUGAGGAGAGAAGAUGGGAGGAAUAACAGAAGGACAUAGACGUCGAGCCAGGGACUGUUUUGUUGUGGUUUUCAGCUAUUGCAGUUCCUCGUGUGGCCACAGUGGGAAAAACAGAGAUGACGGAGUGUUGCUUUAAAACAACCUAUUAGACUUAAUGGAAUAAAAAAAAAUUGGGGUGUUUCCUCAAUGUUCAUCGGAUCACAGCCAGCAUUAUGCACACAAUGUGUCAGCUCCUUAGCAUUCAUUUGUCACAUAAUCAUCUCAGUUGAGGUGAUGCUCACCAGAACCUGAUGUUACAUUUCUACCUUUUUGCCUCAGUCUCUCCUCACUUCAGUCUAUAAAACAUCACAUUGUGCUGUCAUUAGAAUAGAGGAUUGGCUGGAUUUGAACCACAUUGGUCAUACACCAUGUGGUUCAACUGAAAGUAUAAUAAUUGAAGUUGUUAUGAACCAGAGGGUUUGAAUGAAUAUAUCAGCUCAGUGUGAGAAAUAAAUCAAAGCAAUAAGAAAAUAAAAAGUACCUGCUACCAACUCCUCCCGAGUGGUGCAGUGGUCUAAGGCACUGCAUCGCAGCGCUAGCUGUGCCACUAGAGAUCCUGGUUCGAAUCCAGGCUCUGUCGUAGCCGGCCGUGACCGGGAGACCCAUGGGGGCGGCGCACAAUUUGGCCCAGCGUCGUCCAGGGUAGGGGAGGGAAUGGCCGGCAGGGAUGUAGCUCAGUUGGUAGAGCAUGGCGUUUGCAACGCCAGGGUUGUGGGUUCGAUUCCCACUGGAGAAAAAAAUAAAUGUAUGCUCUGGAUAAGAACGUCUGCUAAAAUGACUAAAAUGUAAAUGUAACUCCACACGGCUGUUGGUGAGGGACUGAAAGUAAAAGAGACCACUUCUUUUUGGUUUAUGGGGUCAAAACUAGUCCGACGUGUUCCAACCUUAAGCCCCCAUGACACAGGACUUCUCAGUGAUGUUUUUUUCAGCUCAUACACAUUUCACAUUUUAGUUAUUUAGCAGACACUCUUAUCCAGAGCGACUUACAGUUAGUAUACAUUUUCAUACUGGCCCCCCGUGGGAAAUGAACCCACAACCCUGGCGUUGCGAGCUCUACCAACUGAGAUACAGCUACGCCAAAGCAGACGCCACAUUUCCUGUGUUCCCUGUGUUUCGGCAACUUUCCCGAAAGGUUUUUCAGAAAUCCUGUUGAGAAGAUUCCAGAGUUCCUGCUUAUUGCCUCCUGAUUCUGGGAAUCUUCCAAUCAGGAUUUCUGGAAAACCUGUCAAUUUUGGGAAAUUUUGCAACCUUUAAUGAGGAGUGAGUAGGACUGCGGAAAGUCUCCCAGGACUGCGGAAAGUCUCCCACUAAAACAUCCAACCAGCCAUUAACAAUAACAUGCUGAUUCAAAACACCUUGUCAAUUGUCACAUGUUGUUACCUCACUCGAGGCUGAUGAUCUGUUGCUCUCCCCUCAGGUACUGUCACGGGCAUUAUGACGAAGAGACAGACAGAAACAAAGAUGUGAGUAACCUCUUAAGACUGACGCAUACUCACUGGCCUUGUUAACCCAGUGGUAUUACGAUACAGGUGUACCUGUCUGUUAACCCAGUGGUAUUAUGAUACAGGUGUACCUGUCUGUUAACCCAGUGGUACCUGUCUGUUAACCCAGUGGUAUUAUGAUACAGGUGUACCUGUCUGUUAACCCAGUGGUAUUACGAUACAGUUGUACCUGUCUGUUAACCCAGUGGUAUUACGAUACAGUUGUACCUGUCUGUUAACCCAGUGGUAUUACGAUACAGGUGUACCUGUCUGUUAACCCAGUGGUAUUACGAUACAGGUGUAACCCAGUGGUAUUACGAUACAGGUGUACCUGUCUGUUAACCCAGUGGUAUUAUGAUACAGGUGUACCUGUCUGUUAACCCAGUGGUAUUACGAUACAGGUGUACCUGUCUGUUAACCCAGUGGUAUUAUGAUACAGGUGUACCUGUCUGUUAACCCAGUGGUAUUACGAUACAGGUGUACCUGUCUGUUAACCCAGUGGUAUUACGAUACAGGUGUACCUGUCUGUUAACCCAGUGGUAUUAUGAUACAGGUGUACCUGUCUGUUAACCCAGUGGUAUUAUGAUACAGGUGUACCUGUCUGUUAACCCAGUGGUAUUAUGAUACAGGUGUACCUGUCUGUUAACCCAGUGGUAUUAUGAUACAGGUGUAACCCAGUGGUAUUAUGAUACAGGUGUACCUGUCUGUUAACCCAGUGGUAUUAUGAUACAGGUGUACCUGUCUGUUAACCCAGUGGUAUUAUGAUACAGGUGUAACCCAGUGGUAUUAUGAUACCAGGUGUACCUGUCUGUUAACCCAGUGGUAUUAUGAUACAGGUGUACCUGUCUGUUAACCCAGUGGUAUUAUGAUACAGGUGUACCUGUCUGUUAACCCAGUGGUAUUACGAUACAGGUGUACCUGUCUCUACUGCGCAUGUACCUGUCCCCUCCUGACGUCCACUGCCUUGGGCCAAUCAAAAUGGAGCUGUUGGAGCCACAGACCAAUCUAAAAGCAGCUCUACAGGUCCUGGAGCUGCACCACAGCAAGCUGAAUACAACCAAGGUAGGCUGCACCACACCACACCACAGCAAGCUGAAUACAACCAAGGUAGGCUGCACCACACCACACCACAGCAAGCUGAAUACAACCAAGGUAGGCUGCACCACACCACACCACAGCAAGCUGAAUACAACCAAGGUAGGCUGCACCACACCACACCACAGCAAGCUGAAUACAACCAAGGUAGGCUGCACACCACACCACACCACAGCAAGCUGAAUACAACCAAGGUAGGCUGCACCACACCACAGCAAGCUGAAUACAACCAAGGUAGGCUGCACCACACCACACCACAGCAAGCUGAAUACAACCAAGGUAGGCUGCACCACACCACACCACAGCAAGCUGAAUACAACCAAGGUAGGCUGCACCACACCACAGCACAGCAAGCUGGAUACAACCAAGGUAGGUUGCACCACACCACACCACAGCAAGCAAGCUGAAUACAACAAGGUAGGCUGCACCACACCACACCACAGCAGCUGAAUACACCAAGGUAGGCUGCACCACCCACACCACAACAGCUGGAUACACAGGUAGGCUGCACCAAACCACACCACAACAAAGCUGGAUUUGGUUUGGUUUGUUCCUACUGAUCAUGACUGACCCAGGUUUCUGUAGCCUGUAGUGUGGCGUUUCUGUAGCCUGUAGCGUGGCGUUUCUGUAGCCUGUAGCGUGGCGUUUCUGUAGCCUGUAGUGUGGCGUUUCUGUAGCCUGUAGUGUGGCGUUUCUGUAGCCUGUAGUGUGGCGUUUCUGUAGCCUGUAGUGUGGCGUUUCUGUAGUGUGGCGUUGUCUGUAGUGUGGCGUUUCUGUAGCCUGUAGUGUGGCGUUUCUGUAGCCUGUAGCGUGGCGUUUCUGUAGCCUGUAGCGUGGCGUUUCUGUAGCCUGUAGCGUGGCGUUUCUGUAGCCUGUAGCGUGGCGUUUCUGUAGCCUGUAGCGUGGCGUUUCUGUAGCCUGUAGCGUGGCGUUUCUGUAGCCUGUAGCGUGGCGUUUCUGUAGCCUGUAGCGUGGCGUUUCUGUAGCCUGUAGCGUGGCGUUUCUGUAGCCUGUAGCGUGGCGUUUCUGUAGCCUGUAGCGUGGCGUUUCUGUAGCCUGUAGUGUGGCGUUUCUGUAGCCUGUAGUGUGGCGUUUCUGUAGCCUGUAGUGUGGCGUUUCUGUAGUGUGGCGUGUCUGUAGUGUGGCGUUUCUGUAGCCUGUAGUGUGGCGUUUCUGUAGCCUGUAGUGUGGCGUUUCUGUAGCCUGUAGCGUGGCGUUUUCUGUAGCCUGUAGUGUGGCGUUUCUGUAGCCUGUAGCGUGGCGUUUCUGUAGCCUGUAGCGUGGCGUUUCUGUAGCCUGUAGCGUGGCGUUUCUGUAGCCUGUAGCGUGGCGUUUCUGUAGCCUGUAGCGUGGCGUUUCUGUAGCCUGUAGCGUGGCGUUUCUGUAGCCUGUAGCGUGGCGUUUCUGUAGCCUGUAGUGUGGCGUUUCUGUAGUGUGGCGUUUCUGUAGCCUGUAGUGUGGCGUUUCUGUAGCCUGUAGUGUGGCGUUUCUGUAGCCUGUAGCGUGGCGUUUUCUGUAGCCGUGUAGCGUGGCGUUUCUGUAGCCUGUAGCGUGGCGUUUCUGUAGCCUGUAGGUGGCGUUUCUGUAGCCUGUAGCGUGGAGUUUCUGUAGCCUGUAGCGUGGCGUUUCUGUAGCCUGUAGCGUGGCGUUUCUGUAGCCUGUAGCGUGGCGUUUCUGUAGCCUGUAGUGUGGCGUUUCUGUAGUGUGGCGUUUCUGUAGCCUGUAGCGUGGCGUUUCUGUAGCCUGUAGCGUGGCGUUUCUGUAGCCUGUAGCGUGGCGUUUCUGUAGCCUGUAGUGUGGCGUUUCUGUAGCCUGUAGUGUGGCGUUUCUGUAGCCUGUAGUGUGGCGUUUCUGUAGUGUGGCGUUUCUGUAGCCUGUAGCGUGGCGUUUCUGUAGCCUGUAGCGUGGCGUUUCUGUAGCCUGUAGCGUGGCGUUUCUGUAGCCUGUAGCGUGGCGUUUCUGUAGCCUGUAGCGUGGCGUUUCUGUAGCCUGUAGCGUGGCGUUUCUGUAGCCUGUAGCGUGGCGUUUCUGUAGCCUGUGGCGUUUCUGUAGCCUGUAGCGUGGCGUUUCUGUAGCCUGUAGCGUGGCGUUUCUGUAGCCUGUAGCGUGGCGUUUCUGUAGCCUGUAGUGUGGCGUUUCUGUAGUGUGGCGUUUCUGUAGCCUGUAGUGUGGCGUUUCUGUAGCCUGUAGUGUGGCGUUUCUGUAGCCUGUAGCGUGGCGUUGCUGUAGCCUUUAGUGUGGCGUUGCUGUAGCCUGUAGUGUGGCGUUUCUGUAGCCUGUAGUGUGGCGUUUCUGUAGCCUGUAGCGUGGCGUUUCUGUAGCCUGUAGCGUGGCGUUUCUGUAGCCUGUAGCGUGGCAUUUCUGUAGCCUGUAGCGUGGCGUUUCUGUAGCCUGUAGCGUGGCGUUUCUGUAGCCUGUAGUGUGGCGUUUCUGUAGCCUGUAGCGUGGCGUUUCUGUAGUGUGGCGUUUCUGUAGCCUGUAGCGUGGCGUUUCUGUAGCCUGUAGCGUGGCGUUUCUGUAGCCUGUAGUGUGGCGUUUCUGUAGCCUGUAGCGUGGCGUUUCUGUAGCCUGUAGCGUAGCGUGGCGUUUCUGUAGCCUGUAGCGUAGCGUGGCGUUGCUGUAGCCUGUAGUGUGGCGUUUCUGUAGCCCGUAGUGUGGCGUUUCUGUAGCCCGUAGCGUGGCGUUUCUGUAGCCUGUAGCGUGGCGUUUCUGUAGCCUGUAGCGUGGCGUUUCUGUAGCCUGUAGCGUGGCGUUUCUGUAGCCUGUAGCGUGGCGUUUCUGUAGCCUGUAGCGUGGCGUUUCUGUAGCCUGUAGCGUGGCGUUUCUGUAGCCUGUAGCGUGGCGUUUCUGUAGCCUGUAGCGUGGCGUUUCUGUAGCCUGUAGUGUGGCGUUUCUGUAGCCUGUAGUGUGGCGUUUCUGUAGUGUGGCGUUUCUGUAGCCUGUAGCGUGGCGUUUCUGUAGCCUGUAGCGUGGCGUUUCUGUAGCCUGUAGCGUGGCGUUUCUGUAGCCUGUAGCGUGGCGUUUCUGUAGCCUGUAGUGUGGCGUUUCUGUAGCCUGUAGUGUGGCGUUUCUGUAGUGUGGCGUUUCUGUAGCCUGUAGCGUGGCGUUUCUGUAGCCUGUAGCGUGGCGUUUCUGUAGCCUGUAGCGUGGCGUUUCUGUAGCCUGUAGCGUGGCGUUUCUGUUCUGUAGCCUUUAGUGUGGCGUUUCUGUAGCCUGUAGUGUGGCGUUUCUGUAGCCUGUAGCGUGGCGUUUCUGUAGCCUGUAGCGUGGCGUUUCUGUAGCCUGUAGCGUGGCGUUUCUGUAGCCUGUAGUGUGGCGUUUCUGUAGCCUGUGGCGUUUCUGUUCUGUAGCCUGUAGUGUGGCGUUUCUGUAGCCUGUAGUGUGGCGUUUCUGUAGCCUGUAGUGUGGCGUUUCUGUGGCCUGUAGUGUGGCGUUUCUGUAGCGUGGCGUUUCUGUAGCCUGUAGUGUGGCGUUUCUGUAGCCUGUAGCGUGGCGUUUCUGUAGCCUGUAGCGUGGCGUUUCUGUAGCCUGUAGUGUGGCGUUUCUGUAGCCUGUAGUUUCUGUAGCCUGUAGCGUGGCGUUUCUGUAACCUCUAGCGUGGCGUUUCUGUAGCCUGUAGUGUGGCGUUUCUGUAGCCUGUAGUGUGGCGUUUCUGUAGCCUGUAGUGUGGCGUUUCUGUAGCCUGUAGCGUGGCGUUUCUGUAGCCUGUAGCGUGGCGUUUCUGUAGUGUGGCGUUUCUGUAGCCUGUAGCGUGGCGUUUCUGUAGCCUGUAGCGUGGCGUUUCUGUAGCCUGUAGCGUGGCGUUUCUGUAGCCUGUAGCGUGGCGUUUCUGUAGCCUGUAGCGUGGCGUUUCUGUAGCCUGUAGCGUGGCGUUUCUGUAGCCUGUAGCGUGGCGUUUCUGUAGCCUGUAGCGUGGCGUUUCUGUAGCCUGUAGUGUGGCGUUUCUGUAGCCUGUAGCGUUUCUGUAGCCUGUAGCGUGGCGUUUCUGUAGCCUGUAGCGUGGCGUUUCUGUAGCCUGUAGCUUCUGCAGCCUGUAGCGUGGCGUUUCUGUAGCCUGUAGCUUGGCGUUUCUGUAGCCUGUAGCGUGGCGUUUCUGUAGCCUGUAGUGUGGCGUUUCUGCAGCCUGUAGUGUGGCGUUUCUGCAGCCUGUAGUGUGGCGUUUCUGCAGCCUGUAGUGUGGCGUUUCUGCAGCCUGUAGUGUGGCGUUUCUGUAGCCUGUAGCGUGGCGUUUCUGUAGCCUGUAGCGUGGCGUUGCUGUAGCCUGUAGUGUGGCGUUUCUGUAGCCUGUAGCGUGGCGUUUCUGUAGCCUGUAGUGUGGCGUUUCUGUAGUGUGGCGUUUCUGCAGCCUGUAGUGUGGCGUUUCUGCAGCCUGUAGUGUGGCGUUUCUGUAGCCUGUAGCGUGGCGUUUCUGUAGCCUGUAGUGUGGCGUUUCUGUAGUGUGGCGUUUCUGCAGCCUGUAGUGUGGCGUUUCUGCAGCCUGUAG